UCGUGAAGCUUCCACUUCAAUUGAAAGCGAAACCUACGGCGCGUCACUGGGAGAAUUGAUCAUUGCAAUGAGUUCUGAAGAUCGCGUACAAGUGGCUGCUUCCUUCAUCCUUCAGUCGCCUCCAGGAGAGAUUAACGACGUCUUGAACGAUGUUCGCGUCAUCGUAGAUGAUGACGCGGGAUUAGAGGAAGGCAUUCUUCCUGCCCUUCGAGAAUAUAAUAUCGCCCAGUUCACGACGGUCGAGGUGCCAGGCGAACAUCAUCUGACAAUAGUCAGCGAAUUUGCGCGUAUACCCGACACCGAAGAAGAACGUUUUCUAGACCCACGAUCUAAAACUUCUUUCAUUUUCAACCACUUGACUCUAGAAGCCACAGACCCUCAGUUAGAGGAGCCUUCGGAGGCUGAGCCUCUACGCGCGGCGUUGGAAUCCGCUGCUUUAUCGUACUUGAGCUCACACUACCAUGACGGAGUUGCUACUGUCCUCGCCAUGUCAACCACUCAAUUCGCGGUUCAGAUCGUCUCCAAUAAAUACAACCCAUCAAAUUACUGGGCUGGUAGAUGGCGCUCGCACUAUGAAAUUGACUUUGAGAGUAGGAUCAUACAGGGAAGAGCCCUCGUCAAUGUUCACUACUAUGAACAAGGCAAUGUCCAACUCAGUACAUCGAAUGACUCGUCAAUAUCAAUACCAGCCGCUGUGUCAUCACUAUCUCCUGCAUCAUCGGCAUCUAAGAUAUUUGCACUGAUCGAGGCUGAAGAGUCGCGAUGCCAGACAUCCCUGAAUGAUGCAUAUCAUGAGAUGGGAGAGAAGGCGUUCAAAGGGCUGAGGCGCGCCUUGCCCCUGACGCGACAGAAGAUAGACUGGGAUAAGACUAUGGGAUACAAAUUGGGUGCUGAGCUCACUGCUAGCAAUCGUGCCUUUGGCGCCCAACCUCGAUAGUGGUCAUCAGCAGUUUAUUUACGUCGCCCGCUUUCAAGGGAUACCUCUUGGUUUUCAGUCAUCUGUAGUUGUAUUCCGUGGAAAUGAAAACCAUUUCACUGAAAUAACUCGUAUAUCUAACUUGCAACUUGAGAUUGAAAUUGUAGUCGCGUGUUCAAUAUAAUAUUUGUUCAUUGUUUAA